AUGGUGCAGUUCAAAGCAAAAAUUGCAGAUACACAUUUUAACAGCGUGAGGCGUCUGGACCUGGCGACCAACACCUGGCACGAGAUGCCCCCCAUGAACCACAGACGCUGCUACGUGAGCGUGGCGGUGCUGAACGGCCUCAUUUAUGCCAUGGGCGGCUUCGACGGGAACACGAUUCUCAACACGGCCGAAGUGUUUGACCCCCAGACCCGCUGCUGGUCCCUGAUCACCCCCAUGAACGAGCAUAGGAGCGACGCCGACUGUGCCGCUCUGAACGGAAAGAUCUACAUAUGUGGAGGCUUCGACGGCUCUCAGUAUCUGCAGACGGCCGAGUGCUACAGCCCCGAAACAAACCAGUGGAGCUUUAUCGCUCCCAUGACGACCAGACGGCUCAGUGUCACCACCUACGACAACAGCAUCUAUGCGGUCGGGGGUUUUAACAGGACUGAACACCUCCGCAGCGUGGAAGUCUACAGUCCACGCUCCGACUCCUGGAGGGAGGUGGCGUCCAUGAACACCACACGCAGUUACUUUGGCAUCGCCGUCUUAAAUAACCGGAUCUUCGCUGUGGGCGGAUACGCCGGCUUCUCCACCACCUUCCGUGUGGAGGCGUACGACCCCCUAGUGGACAGCUGGAGCGAGGUCUGUGACAUGAACAUCUUCAGGAGCGCCUUAAACUGCUGCGUCAUCUCCGACCUUCCCAACAUGUCCGACUACACCUUCCCCAGACACGCUCUUCCUCUGCUCGACGUAGAGACGGACGACGACGACGAGGAGUUUGAGGACGCCACAUAAACACACCCUAAACUAUGGAGUAAGAAAGCUGUCAAAAAUAU